CAAAUACUGACUUGGGGGGAGGGGGGGUCAUACACAUUCUUACGUAAGAUUUUUUAUGUCUGUCCCCGGCGUGUAUCUCCGGAUGUUGAAGAUGAGAAGGCGUCUCGAGGUGCUUUUUUCUCGCAUACUGAUUUAACAUUUGUAAACUAUAGCAAAAUUUAAAAGUUUAAACGUUAAUUAACGUUUAAAAAUUACGUUGAACAAAUAAAGACCGCUUAAUUAGCAAACUCUAACUUAAAUAUAACUACUUAAUCAAACUAUUAACAAAUAUAUUUUUGUCUUGCUUUCUUUAAUCAGUCUUUUAUAAUAGCAUCACAGUCAAUAUUGUUCAUAUUUUUGUUCUCUAUGUAUAGCAAAGAAAGCGCUAGAGAAAGAAAGAAUUAGUCUGGUUUGCCCCACAGUCGAUCUUCAUAAGUAAUUUUUUAUCCGUUUUAAUGUGGAAAACGAUCUCUCUGCAGAGGCAUUGGAUAACGGGCUUAUUAAAUAAAUUUCCAGUAAAGUAAUGAUAUUAGGAAAUGUUAACUUAACACUUUGCGUUUGCUCUAAUUUUUUAUAAACAUUUUUCAAGUUUUGGGUCGGGCCCUCGCAGCGACCAGGCUUUGAGGCGUGCGCCUCAUAUGCCUCAUGUAUAAUCCACCACUGGUUUCCAUGUGUUCAUUUGUUCAAAUAAAAUACGCAGCUUCAUGCGCGAUCAUGUCCGCAGACUGUGAACUCUAUUUUGUUUCUAAGUUCAUUUGUUCAUACGCGACAAAUACGUGGAUCCAUACGCGAAUCGUUCUCUGUCACUGGCGGAGUUCUCGCGGAACGUUCGUCUAUAACGAGUGUUGAUCUACACCAGUCAUUCGCGCUACUAUUUAAUUAUUUUAGAGGUGUAUUAAACUUCAAGAUUUUUAUAUUAAUAUAUAAAUGCAUACUUCUAAGCGGAAUGAACAGUUCGGUACGCUGUUUAAAGCAUAUAGAAAAAGAGGGGUGAUUUAAAAAUUAUCUUUUAAUCCCAAUUAGAAUUAGUGUUAUGAAAAUUCAUUUUUCGACGCUAAACCUUUUAUUAAUUAGAUAAAAAAAUUAAUGAAUAAUAUAAAAGUACUUUUUUAAUUUUCUAUAUGCUUAUUCGAACAAUAUAGAGCUCGCAGAUUUAAAUAAAUAUUUUAAAACUUUAUAUAAAUAAUUUAAAAACCAUUCAUUUCAAAAAUUAUCGAAAUUCAUUCAUUAUAAACAAAAUUAGUUAUUUCUAAAAUAUUAUAUAAAAUUGUAUUUUUUAAAUCAAGAGACGCGGUCGCGUCUCGCGCCUAUGUCUCUCUCUUUGUCUCUUCUCUGAAUGAACGAGCGAGAGAACCGACCGCCGCCUCUUACGCGAAUCAGCGAGUUCAAGCAUACCGAGAUUAUCAGAUUUCAGUAACGGCUAAACCGAUCAAGUUCUGAGUAGUCUCAAUCGAUAGCUUGGGAUCGAAUUGUAUAAUAAAAGUGAUUUUAUUUUUUCUCUCCGUGCCCUACAAGCGGAGAUAUCGCAAUGCAAAUUCUAAGUUUUCGAUAUUUUGAUGUAAGAGACGUCAUUGUCAUUGUCAACUUCAAGAAUUCUCCCUUUCACAUUUUCGAUUAUUUUAGACUCCGCCUGCUGCAGUGUCUAGUGUAGCUCCUUCGUCUAGCGGUGCAUCGCCUGCUCAGACAGCAUCCUGCGCUUAUCUCGCAGCAAGAGAAACUAUAGACAAUACAGAUAAUAAAGACGAUGUAGAUGACCCUGAAAUCGAAGCAGCCUCUUCAUUAGUAUCAAGGAAAUACUUGACACCCGGGCAAGAGGCUGCGGCAAAGAAUAUCAUGGUCUUGGAAAAGCGGUUAAAUUCUCUGCUUUUAGCUCGCGACUCAUUUCACUCUAGCGACAUCGAGGAUGAAAUUAAAAAAAUUAAAAAAUCGCUAGAAGAAGCAAGACGAGAUUUAAAAAGAAAGAAGAGUAAUGCUGCUUAUCAAAAAAAGCACCGUGAUAAUAAGAACGCGAAAAUGAGCGAAAUAUGCACGGAAUUUCCUGUGGUGAAAGAGAAAUUGCACCAGCGAGACAGGGUUGGCAGACCCCGAAUAGAAGAGAAUCAGCCACUCCUCCUGAAAACUAUCAUCGACAUUGCGAUGUUUGGCAGUGCUGCGGAUGACCGAAGGCGCUCCGAUAUAAUUCGUAGCAUCAAAACUCUUGAUGAACUUCAUGGGGAGUUGCUUAAACUAGGUUUUUCAUUCAGCAGAUCCGCAACCUAUCUACGACUCUUGCCUAAAAACUCACGCACUCUAGAGGGACAGCGUCAUGUGAAAACGGUGCCCGUAAGACUUACUCGCGCACAAACAGACUUGCAUCGCAAGCACGUGGAUGACCCUUUUGUCAUGGCCUCCAUAAGAUAUCUCGAAUGCCUUGCUUCUCUUCUUGGUCCGUCGCAAGUGUGUUUUAUUUCACAGGACGAUAAGGCCCGAGUGCCGAUAGGAUUAACAGCAGCAAACAAACAAGCUCCACUAUUAAUGCAUGUCGAGUACCGUGUAUCAUGGUGUACCCGACCAUGAUUGGGUGGUAGCAGCGAGACACAAACUUAUACCUUCUGUUUACGCUGGAAUAUGCAUUAGCCCUAAACAAAUGGGCUGUCCUAAAGCUGUGGGCUAUUCGGGUCCAACUUUUAUAGCCAUCAGAAGUGGCAAGUAUUCCUCGUCCACAGCAUCCACCCACGCACGGGAUCUGCACGCACUUCUAGAUCUGGAGGCGUUUCAUGCAUUAGCAAGAACAGAGGAGGGCAGUGUGAAGCCAGUUUUGAUUUUAACUGUAGAUGGCGAACCGGAUGAGAACCCGCGCUACAGCAAGGUGAUUGCCCAUGCUAUCAGCCAUUUAAAAAAAUAUAAUUUAGAUGCUAUAUUUGUCGCCACAAACGCACCAGGCAGAAGCGCCUUUAACCGAGUAGAACGUCGCAUGGCUCCCUUGACCCAUGAACUUGCUGGUCUUAUUUUGUCCCAUGACAAAUUUGGGACACAUCUCAACGUACAGGGGAAGACUGUCGAUAAAGAACUGGAGCUCAAAAGCUUUGAAUAUGCUGGUCGAGCUCUAGCAGAGGUAUGGAGCAGCUUAACAAUCGAUGGACAUCCAGUGCACGCACAGUAUGUUCCUCCAGGGGAAAAGCUUGAUACCCCCGAAGAAUGUGAUGCUAAAUGGUACAGCCGUCAUGUCCGAGAAAGCCAGUAUUUGCUUCAGAUUGUGAAGUGUAACUCACAUGAUUGUUGUUCCAUUACUCGGAGUGAGUUAAAAAGGGUGCUGUCGGAAGGAUUUCUUCCCCCUCCAAUUCGAGUGACGCAAACAACGCAUGAUUUAGUCGUCACCGAGAAUGAAACAGAUGGGAGUUUCUUAGAUUUGAUGACUCGUAUCUCUCUCAAACUGAAUCCCGAUUCAAGAGGUUUUUUGCAGGUUCCAUAUGAUCUUUUUUGCCAAUCCAUAAAAUCGCAAUUGGAUUGGCGUAUUUGCAAAACGUGUGGCUUGUACCAUGCUUCAAAAAAAUCUUUAUUACAUCAUUCAAAGCAUGUGCAUUCCCAGAAAGAGGAUGCACAUGCUUCGAAUAAUGUAAUAAACAUCAGAAUAGCUGCUCGACACAGUGGAGAAGUCCUCUGCGUCAUCAAAGAUCCUGUAUCGGGGUGUGAAGAUACAGAGUGGAUGGAAGAAACAGAAAUAGAGGCAGAUAGUAACAGCGACUCGCACUUCAUUGAUCAGGAGGAUAUUGUGAGGAUAAAUAAUAUGAGUAAUCGGUUGAGAGGACCAUUUAAAAAUGAGGAUUGAGUGUUGAUAAUUACAAUUCAGUGAAAUAAAAGAUUUUAUUAAUUUUGCCGAUAACAUAUUGUAUUUUUAUAAUUCUCACAAUAUUUUAGGGGUAUGUAUUUUGCACACUGAUAUCCUCUCUACUCUCAGUUAUUUAAAGAAUCAUAUAUUUGCGUUGAAAACAAAAAAAAUACGCCAAAAUGAAUUGUUAUUAGUAAUAUCAGCAAAUUAGACAUUUUCAGAAUUUACAUCGAGCAUAUAGGAAAAUCUUACGUAAUUUUGAGGGGAGGAUCUUAGAAAAUCUGACAUUUGCUUACAUUGGGGAGGGGGGACUCAAAAAUGGCUAAAAAUUUGCUUACGUAAUAUAUGGACGGCCCCUAAAGACGUGUCCUUGGAUAAAUUCUGAAACGAUUUUUCCUGUACGAAAAUUUUAUCCCACGCUUACUUUUUGAACAAUAAGACGAUAAACUUAGCGAAUCAUGGGUCGACAUGGGUAAGCGCCCACGUCGGAUAGUGAGUUGCGCCGCUUUUGUCUACCAUGUGUACACGGCCUGUGAUUCGCUAACUUUAUCUUUUUAUUAUUCAAAAAAUAAGCGUCGGACAAAAUUUUCGU